UAGGUUGCUAGAUCGAGGGGGCAGCAGGUAGCUUAGUGGGUAGGUUGCUAGAUCGAGGGGGCAGCAGGUAGCUUAGUGGGUAGGUUGCUAGAUCGAAUCCCCGAGCUGAAGGAAUGGAGGACAUCGAUAGAUGUGAGGAGGAGCUUAUUGACUAUGCCAUUCGAGAGAGUAUUCGAGAUUUAUCAAUAGACAGGUAUUCAGAAAAUGGAGAGAAUUACGUUCAUGUAUUAUUCGCACAUCCCGCAAUAAGUUUGUCACCGCUCCCUGACUUUGUUUACCCAUAUCUCAACAGCAUGCCAACAGUCAGUGGUGACUAUCUGUGGAUAGUGACUGCCAUCGAGCAAGGUGAUGUGUGUACCCUGCAGGAGCUGUCUGGGUUGCAGGCUUUCACAGAGAGGGACAUCAGAGGGUGGCUUCCCCUACACAGAGCCGCUGUGCAGUCCCAGGAACAGGUCUUGGAUCAGGUCCUGCUGGCUUCCUGUGAUGUGACUGUGGAUGAUGUGACUGCAGACGGGGACACAGCGUUGAUUCUGGCUGCUCAGGAGGGUCUGCUGGAGAAUGUCAGGAUUCUACUGCGGCAUGGAGCAUCUCCACACAAAACCAACAGCCUGAAUGAGUCCCCACUGCUGCUUGCGGUGAGACAGGGAUCAUAUGACAUGGUGUCCACUCUGAUCAAUUGUGGGGCCUUCGUGGAACAGGUGUGUCUGAAGAAGUGGAUGGCCAUUCACGAGGCAGCCAAGGUGGGCUGCAGUGCCAUCCUGGUGCUUCUGCUGAGACAUGGGGCUAAGGUGACAGCUGUAGAUGGGCACAAUGUCACCCCGCUGGGCAUCGCAGCAGAGUACGCCCAUGCCGAGGUCCUGGAUAUACUCAUAAAGAACGGUGGCGACGUGAACGCCCAGGCAUAUAACGGAGACACUGUUCUGUACGAUGCAGCCGGCUCAGGGAACCUGGACUGCAUAUACCUCCUCCUGCAAGCUGGAGCCAACCCUAACAUUGCCAGUCUGGCCUGCCAGCUGCCCAUACACAGAGCCGCCUAUGAGGGACACAUCCUUGCUCUGAGGACCUUCAUCCCCAUCACCACUAAGAGGGCCAUCCGUCUGUCUGGCCAGAGCCCAGUCCACUCUGCAGCAGAUGGCGGCCAUGUUGACUGUCUGGAGCUGCUCAUAGAAAAAGGUUUCGAUGUCAACACUCAGCUGGACGUACACAUCUCAGAGAGCUACGGGGACAUGAGGCGGAGUCCACUCUACUUCGCCGUAUCCAACAGUGAUAUCACCUGCACAGAGAUGCUGCUGGCCGCCGGGGCCAAAACUGACCUGGACCCGCUACGCUGCUUUCUUGUGGCUGUACGCGCUGGGAGGUAUGAGCUGGUGCGUCUGCUAUUGUCCCGGGGUGCCGAAGUCAACUGCUACUUCAGAAUGAUCAGUGACACACUGUUUCCCACCGCGUUGCAGUACUGUCUCAGAGAUCACAUGAUUCUGCGCCUGCUGCUCAACAACGGCUACGACAUAGAGAAGUGCUUCCUGUGUAACCACGGCAACGGACAGGAUAUGGACUGCGACUCCUGGGUCGACUACCAACAUAACCAUAGAAGAACUUUAUUUUAUAACCAGGACUACAGAGCCUCGUUCUGUGAAAUCAUCUCCCUGUCGUCGGUGGUCAACCUGGCGGGGAGUGUGGUACGGAUGCUUCUGGACUACGUCAGACACCCACGUAUCUGCCCCAACCUCCUACGGGUCCUGGAGAAACAGAAAGAGUGGCCAGACAUCUGUGACAUUCUGGACAACCCUCGGUCCCUGCAGCACCAAUGUCGUUUGGUCAUUCGGAGACAGAUGACCCCUAGAAGACUGAAUGACCCACAGGUCAUGGCUACCGUCCCGUUUCCCCCGACACUCAAACACUACCUCACCUACAGGGAGUACGACGAGUAUGGUGGGUUGGAAGCCUCACACUCAUAACUGGACUAUAAUCAAUGAAAACAUGUUUAGAAGAACAAAAAGUCAUCCUGUUCUGUGCAUAACUGAUCAAUCACAUUACGCUCUUUCUCGUGAAUAAUGCAUCAGCUCAUAUACUUAUGCUUAUAUGAAGUAUGGCAAGUGUUCUUGUGAUGUAAUGUUUGUAAUAACUACAAUUCUUUUCACACUGAUUCAUGUUCUCUGAAUUGUGCCAAUUGUACUUAUCAUAGUACUGCUACUUCUACUAGACUGCAUCCUUUAGACCGCACAGCUGUGCAGCAUGGUACAGUGCAUGUAGUGUGAUGUACUCUUCAAGAUCUCCCCAUGGGAAGAGCAGGUUAGGUCUAAAAAAUAACUCUCUGAGAGCUCAUUCAGUUUAUAAGUGGGGCUAAACACUCACGGAACACUGGUCUGAAUGACUCUGCUGCAAUGGACUGUUGACUUUUACAGUGACCCUGACACCUACCUGACUCAUAAGACCAGGGUUUAAAUCUAGAGAGACCUAGAUCUAGACAACAUCUCAUCCAUAUUAUACCCUCAAAGUUCUGGGAACGAGUUGUGUUGUCACUAGCCCCGUGACUGUUGCUAACAUGCAUUCUUUGUCCUGGUCUUGUCCACAUUCUGAUUGUGCCCACAUUUUUAGACGGGUGUAGAAGAUUAAAAGACGCAUUGUGAUCUGAUUGUGAUCAGAUUUCUCUGACAACCUCCGGAGGUAGUCAGGCUUGCAAGUGUAGACAGAUAUGGACAGUGAAACCAUUUAAAUCAUCAUUAUCCAGCACUCUAAAAUCCUUGACAAGUUGGAGCAUUGACUUAUGGCAUCAAUAUGAGUCUUAAAAUAAAUAAAUACACAUGAUUUUUGAAAGAAUGUCUAAAAAUGUGACUGUUGACAAGAUCAGGACAGGAUGCAUGUUUGCAGCAGGUAAAAACAAGGUUACUGAGACCUGUUGGGUGUACAACAAACUAGAAUCAAUGAGUUAGCCAGCUAACUUUGAUAAACAACCACAAAUAACUAUUAAUUUCCAAGCUUAUUUCAAGCUUUUUUUAAAUACAUUUUUUUUUAAAGAAGUUAUUUCAGAAUAUUUAGGAGUUAGCUGGCUAACUCAAUGAUCCUGCUUUGUAGUACAACCCUCAGCUCAACUCAUCCUGGAACACAGAGAGCAUAUGAGGCAAAUCUCGUAACAUUCCCCAAAUACAUGUUAGGAUUUCAUCCAUUUUCCCAAAGCAAAGUUGAGUAACCCUAAAACACCAUUGGGUGGCAAUGUUACAAUCGGCAUCCACGCAUAUGACUAUAGUCCUAUGCACUGUGCAGUGCCUGGUAUCCUCCACUCCAACCAAGCCUUGGGCCUUUACAGUAGCAGAACAACAAUUGCUGUAUUCAGAUCAUAUCAUGAAAUGUUUAAACUGAAUAACACCCCAGUUAACUGACUGAACCAAACGUUGGUUCUGCUGUUGUGAAGGCACAGCUAGCAGAGUUCACAGCUAGCGGAGUUCUAGCGUUGCCAGACUGUUGUUGUUAUCUGAACAGCAGCAUUCCUGCCCUGUCAACACCAGCCUAACGCUCAUCGAGACACAGUGGAGUGGACACUGUAUUCCUACCCACUAGUCAUACCAUAGACCAGGGCUCUCCAACCCUAUUCCUGGAGAGCUAACUUCCUUGAGGCUUUUGCUCUAAUCCCCGUUUUAUAUAAAGCUAACUUCCUGGAGGCUUUUGCUCUAAUCCCUGUUUUAUCUAAAGCUAGCCUCCUGGAGGAUUUUGCUCUAAUCCCUGUUUUAUCUAAAGCUAACUUCCUGGAGGAUUUUGCUCUAACCCCUGUUUUAUCUAAUGCUAACUUACUGGAGGCUCUUGCUCUAAUCCCCAUUUUAUCUAACCUGAUUCACCAGCUGAUUAUUAGAAUCAUGUGAGCUCGAUUUGUUAUUUUGUAUUUUAUUAGGUCCCCAAUAGCUGUUGUGAAAGCAGCAGCUACUCCUCCUGGGGUCCACACAAAACAUGAAACAUGACAUAACAUUCAUAAACAGCUCAAGGUCAGAACUACAUGCCUUUUAAAAAUGGCAAACAUACUGUAGCCUACACAUCAAUACAUACACACAAACUAUCUAGGUCAAAAAGGGGAGAUGCGUUGUGCCGUGAGGUGUUGCUUUAUCUGUUUUUUGAAACCAGGUUUGCUGUUCAUUUGAGCAAUAUGAGAUGGAAAGCUGUUCCGUGCAAUAAUGGUUCCCUAUAAUACUGUACGCUUUCUUGAAUUUGUUCUGGAUUUGGGGACUGUGAAAAGACCCCUGGUGGCAUGUCUGGUGGGGUAAGUGUGUGUGUCAGAGCAGUGUGUAAAUUGACUACGCAAACAAUUUGGGAUUUUCAACCACGUUUCUUAUAAAAAUAAGUGAUGCAGUCAGUCUCUCCUCAACUCUUAGCCAAGAGAGACUGGCAUACAUACUAUUUAUAUUAUCCCUCUGGUGAAGAGCAAGAUGAAGAAUAAGAUGUGCCGCUCUGUUCAGGGCCAAACGGCAGCUUAUUACCUAGGUAUUUUGCAGCACUUGACCACGACUGGACAAUAAUCAAGAGGAGACUAAACUUGACUCUGCAGGACUUGCUUUUUGGAAUAUGGUGUCAAAAAAGCAGAGCAUCGCUUUAGUACGGCCAGACCUCU